AUGGAGUGUUUAGAGCAUAUUGGAUUUAAAGUAGAAUACGUGUGCAUAGAUAAUGAGUGUAAAAAUAAAUUUUAAUGCAGUUAGUGCUUUUAGUAAGACUAGAAUCAUAAUUUAGUUAAAUAUAUGGAAUUUUACUAAUUUCUAGUAGACUAUUGCCACAAUUCUUAAUCAAAAUACACUAUGGAGCAAAUAAGUCAGUACAUACAUGGAAAAUCUCUUGAAAAAAAGCUUUAUUUUUUCAAUAUGAAAAAACUUAAACCUGAAGAGGAUUUCCAUGAGCUUUACAUUAAGAAACUCUGUUAGAAUUUUGACUAAUUUAGCAAUGAGCUUCAGUAAAUAGUGUUAAAUGCUAAAAAUGACCUGGUUUCAAGAUACUAAAGAUAGGUAGAAGAAUAAUUUGACAAAUAGGUACUAAAUUUUUAGCUUUAUCAAAGGAGGGGCUGCUAGCUAAUCAUUAAUUAAAUACAAAAGAGUAACACAUAGCAUGCUAAUGAAAAUUUACAAAAACUUCACACUGGUUAAUAUGAAGUUUCUUUUGCUAAAAAGGCGUUAUUUGAAUCUUAUUAUGAAAUCAGAGAUCAACUUGAAUAAACUAUUAACUAAUGUCGUUUGUAUUUAUAAAAGUUGAUAAAGUAAAUUGUUGUUCUUUCCGAUAAAAGGAUUAUAGAUAAAUAAAAUGAAGUAUUAUAGUCAAUAAGCUAAAGAUUAGGAAACAAGGCAGAUAUUUAACAUAAGAGAGCUAAUAUUCAAGUAAGAUUGUUGAGUAGUGAAAUUAGUAAAAACUAAAGUCAAUCGCCUUCUAAUAAUAUUUUGAAUUAACAAAACAAGCUUAACCCUAUUUCAACAAAUACAAGUUAAUUAUUAAAUAAGCAAAUAAGUUAGUUAAAUCAAAAAAGCUUAACCCAAAGAAGUUAAAUUCUGAGUAAAUCUCCAAUCAGCUAAGCCGCUAAUAUAAGCAGUAUGUACUUUUCACCAUAAAAUAAAAAUUAAGAAUCAAAGUAGGAUUUGUCUUUCUCAUCAACUUAUUACAACUCUAUGGGAUUUCAAUAAAUUUCGAGGCCUUUAUCAAGCAAAACUAAAUAUAAUUUUCUUUUAAAAGAUAGUAUAUUCUAAAGAGAUAGGAGUAUUUCACAAAAGAACCCUAAGUCUACUUUUAGUGAAAUCAAUUACCAAGCUACUAAUACUUCAGUGGAAAGUGAUAAAAAACCAGAUAAGCUUACAAAAAAAUUAAUUAAAAUGGGAUUUAUGGCCAAGAAAAAACAAGGGCAGUAGAUUUCUGACGAGGAAUCCUCAAGUGAUUCGAGCUAAGAAAGCUAAGCGGCAGACGGGGAAGAGAAAAGUGAACAGUAAAAAAUUUUACCUCAAGGGAGCUUAAAGAGUAUAAUUUAUUAAAACGUGAGCAACCCUAAUUUACUUAGUUAUUACACUCUUUAAGAUAUUCCCGUCAAUGUGAUCAGUUUAAGUUCAAACACAUUUUUAGUUACAUGCCCUAAAUCUAUGCAGCUUAAAUCUUUUAAAAUGGAGGAAAAUAAUAAAAUUGCUCUCAAAACUGUUUUUUCUUGCAAUAAUUUGCUGCACAUGUAAAAAUCUUUGAUUAGUGGUCUUUUUUAUUUGUAUGGGUCAAUUAAGACUCCUAAAGGUGAAAACGUAAAUGUAAUUAAGCUUUAUUAGUUAUCAGAACAAGGACUACCUAUUGAAAUAAUUGAAAUGAGAGAUUUUCAGAGAGAAGAAUUAGAGACAUUGCUGCCUUUUGAUGAAUAUACCUAACUUUCUAAUAAAAUAAUGCCAAAUUUUAAUCCAUACGAUAAUUUAAAUUCGAAUCUUGCUAUUAAUUAUAUGCAAUUUGUUGGGAUAUUUCAGGAAAGUAAAGGUUUUCGAACAUUUAAACUUUGGGAAAUGCAACUUAAAAAUGGAAAUAUAAAAAAUACUUAAAUUUCUUGCAUUAACAGCUUCUAAAUUGAGAUAGGAAACGAACAAAUUGGUUGGGCCAAUUUAUAUAAGAAAAAACAAUACAUAAUUUUUACAAGUAAUACUAUCUUUAAAAUUAGCUACUUGAAGCUUUAAAAAGAUGGACAAGAUUAAUAUUAGCAUUACAUAUAAAAAAGAGUUUUUAAAUUUGUCAACUACAAGCAUAGCAGAGCAGAGAGAGAUAGACUGAUUUCGUGUUGCCUCACUGGUUAAGACACUAUCCUAGUUUGUACUAAAUAGGCUACAUUUUAUCUAUUAGAUUUAAAAAAUUUAGAAGUAAUAUCAAUAGUUGAUUAUUGUAGCAAAUGUGUUAUUACCAGAAAUAUAGAAAUCAUAUCAUGCUAAUGUCCUUAUAUAAUAGAUGAAUGUGAUACAAAUCUACCUAAUUUAGUACGUCUUAUAACACAAACUUCUAAAUUUUCAAAUAAAAUUUAUUUGUAUGAUGUUGUUCAGCAAAGAAAUGUUAUGGAGUCACCAAUCAUCUAAAACCCCAUACUUUUUUGUCUCUACUAAAAAGGCUCCAUUGAAAUUGAUCUUAAAAAUAAAUUAAAUAACAUGACUUUAUUAAUCAUUGAGGAAAAUUAUGAAAAUUAACCAGAAAAUAAUAAUCAGAAAUCAACUGCUAACUUUAAAAAUUCUAAUUUGAUCAAAUAACCUUAAAAAACAGAUACAACACUUUUAAAUUUUUACAAACCUCUAAAAGAAGUACCAAGAUAGUUGAUUUAAUCAGCAUCAAGCUUUUAAAAAUUAAAUCAAAUGCAAACUUCAGAGUCACUAAAAGAAUGA